AUGAAACCUGAUAUUCAUGACCGGCCUCUUCUGAAACUUAUGGGCAAAGUAGAUGCUGACCAUGGUGCUGAAGACAGGGCUCUGGAAGGACCAGGUCACAGGCUGGGUCCCAGGAGAGCUGGGAGGACUAGUGGGCAAGGCCCCAGGACUCAGCUCCCACCUUCGACUUCCACUUCUGCCUCCAGCUUCCUGAGUCACUCACAGCACAGCCAGGGAAUAGCCCUGUCUCAGGCAGGUCGCUGUGCCUCCUUUGCUGCUGCUGCUGUCUUUGCUGCUGAGCAGGUCUCAGGCUCUGGAUGGGAGAUUCUGGCUGCAAGUGCAGGAGUCAGAGAUGGUGCAGGAGGGACUGUGUGUCUCUGUGACUUGCUCCUUCUCCUAUCCACUGAGGGGCUGGACAAGUCUACCCCAGCCCGUGGCCACUGGUUCAAAGGAGGGACCGACACAAACAUGAGUGCUCUAGUGGGCCAAUUCCAGCUCACUGGGGAUCCCCACUACCACAGUUGCUCCUUGGUGAUCAGAGAUGUGCAGAUGGAGGAUACGGCAGUGUACUCCUUUCAAGUGAAGAGAGGAAGCUUUGUGAGAUAUAAUUUCAUGAAUACAUUCUUUCUGGAACUGACAGCCCUGACUCAGAAGCCUGAUGUCUACAUCCCCAAGGCCCUAGAGCAUGGGAAGCCAGUGACAGUCAUCUGUGUGUUUAACUGGGUUUUUGAGGAAUGCCUAACCCCUUCUUUCUCCUGGAUGGGGGAGGCCCUGUCCUCCCAAGGAACUGGAACAACAACCUCCCAUUUCUCAGUGCUCAACCUCACACUCAGACCUCAGGACCACGACACCUACCACAAUUGCUGCAUAGACUUCUCCAGAACAGGCGUGAGUGCAUGGUGGACCAUCCAACUCUGCGUGGUUUAUGCCUCUAGGUACCUUGUUAUCAGCAUUUCCCAUGACAAUGCAGCAACUGAAUUGGCCUCAUCCCAUAUUUCCUCCAAAAAAUCAGGGCCCAUGAAGGAUGUGGUUCUGGCAGCCACCAGGGAGGGAGCUGUGAAGACCCUGCUUCUCUGUAUCUGCUUCAUCUUCCUCAGUGUCAGUUUCUACAGUAGGAAGGUGGUGAGGGCAGCAGUGGGUGUGGAGGCUUCAAACACUGUCACAGGCUAA